CCUACUAGGCCAACAGUUGAGUCAGACUAGCAAAAAGAACAACAAGGUCACAAAUGACUCGGAAGGUCUCUUUAGCUAGUAGUAGUAGUACGGUACUAGUAGUAGGCCCUAGCCUUCGCCUACAUGACAGUGCUGAUUCCCUUCCAUGCAGCUAGUGAAUUCCUCAAUGGCAGUCGGGGGACGGAGCAACACAGAUGAUGUCCUGCUUGAAACACUAAACCUCCCUGAGCAUCAGACUACAGAUACAACAACAAUUUCUUCACAACGUAGUGCUGUCACCUGUCUACUUUGCCCUUUAACAUUCAAUAUAGACGACGAUAAGAAUCCGUUGUUGAAGCACCUGUUAGAUGAGCACAAACUUGUUAUUGCCGACGUGAACCUGAUUGGCGACCUUGGCGGUUAUAUCAGGUAUUGGCAGGUGCGUUUUUCCCAACAACCAAUUAAAGAAUUUUGCUCUGUCAUCAGAACUAACUGCAAACCAGAAGAUCCAGGUGAACAAGAAGACUUCUACCUGUUGUCGGACACACUAACGGAAGACAAGGAGUUGCGAGAGUACCUGCAACGCAAACGGCUUGACUUUAUACUGCACCAGCUUCAAAAGGAGCGAGAUGAUGUAACCUUCAAACGACGCUGCCUCUUCUGUCGUGACAAGUUUGAAGGAAACAGAUCAAUGCUCUUAGACCAUUUGUCUCAUGAUCAUAGUUUUGCGAUCGGAAGAUCAGAUAAUCUUGUUUUUGUAAAUGAAUUUCUAGACAAAUUACAAGAAAAACUUGAAAAAUUACAAUGUUUAUACUGUGAGAAAACCUUCCGUGACUGGACAACGUUAAAAGACCACAUGAGAAAAAAACAACACAAGAAGGUAAACCCAAAGAACAAAGAAUACGAUAAAUUCUACAUCAUCAAUUACUUGGAAAUGGGAAAGAACUGGGAAACUGUGAGGGCAGAAGAUGAUAGAGAUUUAGCACAGACAGAGUCUGAUGACCCGGACAACUGGGCAGAUUGGAAUGAGGAUACAACUGCCAAUAUUGUCUGUUUGUUUUGCUCCCACAACUCAUCUGAAAUGCCGAUUAUGUUAAAUCACCUGACAGAAACUCAUAAUUUUGAUCUCUGUGUAAUCAAGAAAACAUUAGGUUUAAAUUUUUACCAGCAAAUAAAGUUAAUAAACUUCAUCCGUCGUGAAAUCCAUCAAAAUAAGUGCUUUAGUUGCCAAGAAAAGUACCCUUCAAAAGACGAACUCUAUGAACAUAUGACAAAAGAACAACACAUAUCUAAGAUGCCCGACAGAAAAGUAUGGGACCAGCCACAGUACUUCUUUCCGACAUACGAGAAUGACACGCUACUCUGUGCGUUAGAGGAUGAUGAUGACAGUGAUGUCAACAAAGGGAGUACGAUUGUCCUAGCCGAGGAUAUCCCCCAUGAGGACAGCAUACUGGACGACAGAGUUCUUGUACAAAACCUAGUUUCAUAACAUCCCAAAGUUUCCCACAAUAUGUGUCAUAAGAGGGUGCCGUCAUUGAACAUCAUGUUAUUUCUUAAUCAAAUAUUCUUAGCGAAGAUAUCAGCAUUUUCUAAAAAAAACAUUGUUUCUGUGGUUGUGGUUUUCAACCUUGAAGUUGGUGGUUCAAACCUCAAUCUGAGCAAUGGUUGUAUCUCUUUCCACCCAAGAACAAGUGGGUACUUGUAAAAAGUGCCUCUAUGCUGUUUAUUAACUGCAUUAUUAAGGAGGGUUGCUGUUUAAAAAUGUAUUAUUGAAUGGACAAGUGGACCCUCAUAAUAUAUUUAACUGUGGUAUGGCCAAACUCAUCCCAAUCUCAUUCAAAAUGCUUUGUUCAGUGCAAUGAAUUUAUUUAGGCACUGACAUUUUAUAUGCAUUAUGAUAAGCAAAAUAAAUAAAUAUUUAUUAUAUACUCAAUAUUUUUUUGGGUUUUUUUUUAUUUGUGAGUUUGUUGGUUAAGAUAAUUAUUUAUUUCUAAUCCAAGGAUUUUAAUCUAUGUUCCAAUCCAAGCAAGAUUUUUUUACCUCAGGACUAAAAACAACCUCCGCUGUAGCCCUCAAAAUACCUUGUCGACACAUCACAUUAUUUGUGAUUUGCCCAAUAUACUGUAUUCAAGUUUGUGGCCUUAGUUUUUUUUUGUGUGUGUGAACUGUAUUGUUUAUUGACAAGUUUGAUGCAAUAAAAGUGAAAGUGAAUAAGGUAUAUGGACAUGAUGUCAUAUUACAUCCAUAUAAGAACAUGAUGAUGUCAUAUCACACCCAUAUAAGGGCAAAUCACAGGUACCUGUCAUAGUGAGGACAGUAGUUUAGUUUAUAGAGUAUCACUUCCAUCCUGUUAGCGGUGAGUCACUCGCAAUUAGAUCAGAAUGAAAAAAAAAAACACCAAUUUCGAGUUGAAGCUCCAUUGUUUAAGUUGGAUAAUUGCAGUAUUGACUUCAGACCUUGCCACUUCAAAUGCACUUGCUCAGAUAAAAAAAAAACAUCAGUGAUGGAUCCAGAAAUUUGUCAUCACUGGGUUUAACUACUGUAGUCCACUAGGAAUCUGAACAAAAGUACUGUACUGCCAAGGGGAUCUGGUCUGAUUAAACACCUUGAAAGGAAUUUAAUGGUAAAAAUUAUGCUUUAAGUCUACAAUAAAGGAACUACAAUCCAGAGAUUGGUAUGUUCAAAGUAGAGCUUUUAUGGCUUAUUAUGGUCCAAAUUGUGUUUCUAUUUAAAAUCCCCUCGCUUUCUUAUCAGCCCUCCAACAAUACUCCUAGCUGUACUACUGUUCUUAUUGUGGCUGUUAAAAUUGCCAAUACUCUUUUUCCCCAUUUAAUUAAAAAUAGCAUUACAAAUCUUGUUAGUUUAGCUUUAUUGUGAUAAAGGCAAUUGGCCAACUAUUAAUGAGGUUUAUGUAAAUACAAAAGUGUUUUGUAUAUUUAAGAAUGGAAAUUGUAAGUGUUGAAAUUCAUGUGAUGUGAUGUGAAUUAAUGUAGUAUUAAGAAAAACAAGAACACAAUCCAUUUGAAAAGAAAAUGUUUACAUUUUAUUUACUUUCGUAAAUUGCAAUUUUAGUCAUCAAUUUAGGCUAAUGAAUAAAAUUGUCCAAAAAUUGUUAAAAACAUUAAUUUACACUAAAAAAAGUAAAAGCAGCUAUGCUAUAGAUAUGUAUCAUCUUUUGACAUCACUCCCCAACGCAACUACAGAACCUCUAAGUACCAUCAUUUGCAUAAAAUUUGAAGACUGAAAUAAACGUUCUUAUACUUACACCAAGAAGGUACUAUGUUAGAGUUCGUAAUAACCAAAAUUAUAGUGCCACCUUGUUGGUAAAAAUCAACAGAAGGUACUAGUUAGAGCCUCCACGGUGUUGGUAAUUACUAACAAGUUGGUGCCACCUUGGUGACCAAGAGGCAUGUACCAUUUGGUGUUGACAAUGAUGACCAAUGUGAUGGUACCUCCUUGGUGUUGGUAAUGACUAACAGAACUUAUAGACAUCCUUGGUGUUGGUAAUAACCAACAGAAUGGUACCACCUUGGUGUUGGUAAUGACCAACUAGACAGUACCUCCUUGAUGUUGGUAAUAACCAACAGGAUGUAAUAACCAACAGGAUGGUACUACCUUGGUGUUGGUAAUGGCCAACUAGAAAUUACUUCCUUGGUGUUAGUAAUGACCAAUAUUAAGGUACCUCCUUAGUGUUAGUAAUAACCAACAGGAUAGUACUACCUUAAUGUUAGCAACGAACAAUGUUAUGGUACCUCCUUGGUGUUGUUGGUAAUGACCAACAGGAUGGUACCUCCUUGGUGUUGGAAUGACCAACAGGAUGUACUAUAUAGCAAGCACCUCCCCGGUUUUGGUAAUAAA